GGAGCAUGUUUGGUUACAGAGCUGUUGAUAAUCAGUGAUCAGACUGCAAAUCUGUCUCUCUCUCUCUUUGUCUCUCCUUCCCUUCAAGUCCUACUGUGUGCCUGUGAGGAAUAUAAAGAACAUAGAACUCUUGGCUCUCUUUCAGCUGCAGUUGGAAGCCCGCUGUAGACUAUUUUUUUAGUAGUGAAUUUCUGAGUUGCCUUGCAAAUAUGGAAGGAAGGAAUGACUUUGAUGAUGAUGGCUUCUUCAUGUUCACGUCAGAGUCAGUGGGAGAAGGCCAUCCGGAUAAGAUUUGCGACCAAAUCAGUGAUGCUGUGCUUGAUGCACAUUUGAAGCAGGACCCCGAUGCCAAGGUGGCCUGUGAGACUGUUUGUAAGACCGGUAUGGUGCUUCUGUGUGGUGAGAUCACAUCUCGGGCUAAUGUGGACUACCAGAAAGUUGUGAGGGACACCAUCAAACACAUUGGCUAUGAUAACUCUGAUAAAGGUUUCGACUACAAGACCUGCAAUGUGUUGGUGGCUCUGGAGCAGCAAUCUCCUGAUAUUGCUCAGGGAGUCCAUGUUGACAGGCAUGAGGAGGACAUUGGAGCUGGAGACCAGGGUUUGAUGUUUGGUUACGCCACUGAUGAGACAGAAGAGUGCAUGCCCCUAACCAUUGUCCUUGCCCACAAACUGAAUGCCAAGAUGGCUGAACUCCGUUGUGAUGGCACCAUUCCUUGGCUUCGUCCAGACUCAAAAACACAGGUCACUGUGCACUACAAGCAGGAGAAUGGAGCUGUGAUCCCACUGCGAGUGCACACUGUGGUCAUCUCAGUCCAACAUGAUGAUCUCAUCUCGCUGGAAGAGCAGAAGAGGAUCCUGAAAGAGAAGGUCAUCCAGGCUGUGGUGCCAGCCAAGUAUCUUGACGAUAAGACCAUAUACCAUAUUCAGCCCAGUGGCCGCUUUGUCAUUGGAGGACCACAGGGAGAUGCUGGAGUUACUGGAAGGAAGAUCAUUGUGGAUACAUAUGGUGGAUGGGGUGCUCAUGGUGGUGGGGCUUUCUCUGGAAAGGACUACACCAAAGUGGACCGCUCUGCUGCUUAUGCUGCCCGCUGGGUGGCAAAGUCUUUGGUGAAGGCCAAGUUGUGCAAGAGAGUGCUGGUGCAGGUAUCUUAUGCUAUUGGAGUGGCCCACCCACUGUCUAUCUCACUCUUCACCUAUGGCUCUUCUGAGAAAACAGAGAAAGAACUGCUUCAGAUUGUCAACAAGAACUUUGACCUCCGGCCUGGCGUCAUUGUUAGGGAUCUGAAGCUGAAGAGGCCGAUUUACCAGAGCACUGCCUGCUAUGGCCACUUUGGCCGCUCUGAAUUUUCCUGGGAGGAGCCGAAGAGGCUGAAGUAUUAAAGCUGUGCAAGCCAGCAGAAAUGCUUCCACAAGACAACUGGAAAAACUCAGAAUAACAGAGAACAGUAACACUUGCCCCUGCUACAUAACACCGACAUAACCAUGCCAUUAACAUGUCAGGACAGGUAUUAUCUGCUGUUAUGAGUUGUCUUGACAGUAUAUGUCCAGCAAUAUAACAGGUCAUGUAGUGUUGUAGUCAAGACUAUUAGAGGCGAGACCGAGACCAGGAGUAGAGACCAAGACCAAGACUGAGACCACACCCAGACCAGAUUAAGGUUCUUUUUUUCAGAAUGUAAUAUAGAUAGAUAGAUAUAGUGUUCAUAAUACAUUAUAUCUUAGUCCAACUUUGCAUUGAAACUUUUGAAAGAAAAUGAUGGUUAAGGUUGUUCUCUGUCCAUUCUUCUAAAACUAAUUCAGAAUCACAACACAAAGUCAACUGAAUAUGAACUAAAAUACAUACAUCUGUUUUUAUUAUUUAAUGAAAAUAUAGUAAUAACAACAUUCCAAUCUGUUCUCAGGGGAUAUUUGAGUUUUGGACCCAAAGGACAUCAAUAAACAAAGAAUACCAAGUUAAGCCAUCAUGAAAAGAUCGUUUAGAUCCUCAACCAGCAGCAAACAGAUUUUAUGCAGGUUUUAAGUUUAUACAUGUAGAGCCAGGAGUCCAGCUUACCCCAAGACUGAAACAGGACUGAAUCAAAAUGAUGUUAAGACUGAGACGAAACCAAGACCAUCAAUUUAUGGUUCUGCAACACUUGUGUCUUGUUACCAUUACUGUUAAUUGUUAUGAAUAAAUGUGUUCUGUCUAAUGUGCUUGAGUUUAUUACGUUUGAUGUCAGUACGGCAAAAAAAUUAGCACGUGACAUAAGCUGUCAUAACAUCAAACAUUAUGGCAUGUGUCAUAAUAAUUAACAGUAAUGGUAAUGUCACUUUAUAUUACCGAACAAAAUCUGUCAUGACAACUCCUGACAGCAUGGCAUGUUUAUGGCAUGGUAACGUCAGUGUUAUGUAGAAGGGCUCAAAUCUCAUCCAAUCUCGCCCACUCCCAUCCCUCUCUCUAAAUCUUCAUCUGAACAUUUGGACAUUAUUACAUUUAUCUGAGGCCAGAGUGAAACACAUCAUCUAAUACUAAUGAAAAUUCUCAGAUGCUGUGUAUGUAGAAACCUGUUUGUCAUAUGUUAUUUUCCAAUUGAACAAACAAUCUUGUAGGAUUUUUAGCUUUCUUUCACUGACUAGUAAUGGCUGCCUUUGAAACAAACCCACCAUGUGGGGUUGCAUUCACCUUAUGGGUGAUACUUAGCAGGCAGUUCAGAGCUUCAAGCAGGCAUUUCUUCAAUAUAGUCAUAUCUUAAGUCUUAAGUCUCCACUCUUGGUGCUACAGUCAGUUCCCACUUCUCAGCUGUCUCACCUGACAGUUACAAAGGUCAGUUUUUGAAAUGAGAAUUAUGGUGAUCUUCACAGUAACCUGUUACAAAUGGCCACAAAUCACAGUUCAAUGAAUUAGUGAUCGUCUCUCCAGCUAUUGUCUCUUUAAUUCUACUACAGUUACUAUCUAAACGUCUAGCUGCCUGCAGUGUUCUCUUUAUUUAUCAGCAGCACCCAAAAGAACUGCUUCUUUUGAAUUUUAUAGUUUGAUAGUGUUUCUUUUUUGCAUUAAUUCUUUCUCUCUUUUUUUGUAAAUUCAGAUUGUAAUAUAAUAUAUGAAUCUAUAGAUCACUAAAUACCAUGCUUUGAAGAGUGGGCAUGAACUGGUGGACCACUGUAAGCUUUGCAUUAGAAAAGGCUGUUUCUAAUGCUUAGACGUUGCAGGAAGCAUACACCACAAGAAAUUAUCUGUGUGCCUUAUUGCUUAUAAAGUUUGCUUUUUAUACUCUCUGUAUGGCAUUAAUGUUAUUAUGAAAAUAGUGUAGGGGAGGAACCUUCAGACUGAGCUCAUGAGUGAAUGAUGCAUAUUUACAUGUAUAAAUCCACUGUGGUGAAAGAACACAUCGUUCAUCAGAGGCCAGUGUGUGUAUGUAUGAGUGUAUCAUCAUCAUCAUCAUCAUCAUGUAGAUGCUAUGAGAUGUUUGUCAGCCUCAGUGGGACUGUUGACCCUUUCUGUGGCCAAGCAUUCUCCAGAAGGUGCUACUCCUUUAGUCAUCCUUAUUCUCAUCACACAAGUUCUGUCUAAGAAAUUUGUGUCUUAUAAAUCUGUUAUCUGAUCAUGUAAAUAAUUGUGAAUAAUGAAACUAUUGAAAAAAAAA